GGCACGGCGCGGCACGGACAUCCUCCCGGGGGAUAGGGAUAGAGGCUUGUUGGGACAGCGAGCAGCAGACCUCACCUUUCAGCGACGCGAGAGCGCGAGAGAGAGAGAGAGAGAGAGAGAGGGGGGGAGGAAGAGAGAGAGAGGCCUCCACAUCAGCACCAGCAUACUUUUUUUUUUCUUCUCCAGAAGCCCGGACAGCGUUGCGGGUGUAUGCGCGUUCGUUUGUCUCCCGGUUUGGAUCACGAUGAUGCAAAGUGCGGCGGUCCUACCGACAGAGAGCCCCGUGAAGAGUUUACCGGAGAUUCUCGGAGUGCCACUGCAACAGAUCCCUCAGUGCGCCGGCUGUAGUCAACACAUCCUGGACAAGUUCAUCCUGAAGGUGCUGGACCGACACUGGCACUCCAAGUGCCUCAAGUGCGCCGACUGUCAGACCCCGCUGGCGGACAAAUGCUUCUCCCGGGCAGGAAGCGUCUACUGCAAGGAGGAUUUCUUCAAGCGUUUUGGAACAAAAUGUGCAUCCUGCCAACAGGGGAUCCCUCCGACGCAGGUUGUGCGAAAGGCGCAGGACUUUGUGUAUCACCUGCACUGCUUCGCCUGCAUCAUGUGCAGCCGGCAGCUGGCCACCGGGGACGAGUUUUACCUCAUGGAGGACGGGAGGCUGGUGUGCAAGGUGGAUUAUGAGACGGCAAAACAAAACGACGAUUCGGAGGCGGGGACCAAGCGACCGAGGACCACCAUCACGGCCAAGCAGCUGGAGACCCUCAAAAGUGCCUACAAAAACUCGCCGAAGCCAGCGCGCCACGUCAGGGAGCAGCUGUCCUCGGAGACGGGGCUGGACAUGAGAGUCGUGCAGGUGUGGUUCCAGAACCGACGAGCAAAGGAAAAGCGCCUGAAGAAAGACGCAGGUCGACAUCGCUGGACCCAGUUUUAUAAAAGUGUCAAACGCAGCCGAGGAGGAACUAAAGUGGAGAAGGAAAGCUCGGCCGACGACGCAGGACUCAGUGAUAGUGAACUGAGCUUCAGAGACGACCAGGUCCUGUCGGAUCUCGGCCACGGCAACGGGCUCUACGGGAGCGUGGGCGACAUCAGCAGCGGCGCGGCGCUCAGCGGCGGCUUCUCCGUCGACGCGGCGGGACAACCCUACCACGACAUCCGGGCGGGGAGCCCCUACGGCCUCCCCCAGUCGCCCUCCUCCAUCACAUCUCUGCCCGGCCACACCCCUCUGCUCAACAACCUGGGCUUCAGCAUGGACGGUCUGGUGGUGCAGGGCGGGCCGGGCGGCGUGGGGCAGGCCCUGAGGGCCAUGGCGGCGGGGGGCCCAACCUCAGACCUCUCCACGGGGAGCAGUACGGGAUACCCCGACUUCCCCACCAGCCCCGCCUCGUGGCUGGACGAGAUGGACCAUUCCCAGUUUUGAGAUUCCAACGCGGCAGAAGACCUCCGUGGGGAUACGGCAAAAACAGACCAAACGCGGCUUUGCAUUUCGUUUCUAACGCCCCCUGCAAGACUGGUGUGUUUUGUGAUUUUUUUUUUGGGGGGGGGGGGGGGCGAAGAGGUGAAGGAAAGGAAGAAGUGUGACUUUCUGUCCCUCAGCAGUUGGUCGGUGAAGUUCGUACAGAAGCAGCGAAGAACACCUCCAAAACCGCCCCGAAUGUUCAAUCUCAACACUCUUAUCGUACAACUUUCGGUAUCACCUGACUUUUAUUUUUCUUCUUUCACUCCAAGAAUGAGACUGGAUUUUGUUGGAUUAAUGCUCAAAGAGGAGGUAACACUGUCCCCGAAAAUAAAACCGUCCCUGUCUGACAGCCACAACAAUAGGGCUUCAAUAUCUAGAUCAAAGUCCCUACGAGAGCCAAGAGGCACCUGCAUGCUUCUGAUUCCUACGAGCAGGUCUGCUGUCUGGCCAUAUCAAAGCCUUUUACAUUGGCAACGCACUUUACUCUCCUCUUCUUUUUCCACUCAUAUGGACAGGAAUGCAGAGAGAGGGAGAGAGAAAAAGAGGAGAGACAUAUGCACAAGGCAAAAACACAGUGUUUCAUUGGGAGAGAAAUUUACAAGAACAGUGGCACAAGUGUGAAUUUUGAACCAUGCUGAUGUUUUUUUGUUUUUUUUCAACGUAUUGCUGAAGGUGACAAGUUAUUAGAGAAGGAGCUGGCCGUUGGUCUGUCCGUCCCUCCGUCCCUCCGUGGACACAUAAAGUCUCCUCUGUUUGAGUAAGAGGGAAAACACUCUCUUCUCUAUUUACAGGUGCUCUUACAUGUCUUUGUAAAAGCUGCCUGAGAGGGGCAAGUCUGUCUGUAUUAAAUAUUCAGUUUCCAGACUCACCAGGCGUCAAAGCUCACGAAAUUCACCUCUAACCGUUUUAGUAAUAUAUCACAUAUCUAAAUUAUUAAUUUAUUUUAUUUCCAACGCACAGUAACACAAGCAGAUGUCCAUUUAUAAGUAAUAUUUACAGAUUCCCUUGCGGAUAUUAUUAUCAAAUUAAAGGAUAAUGCAAAUGCCAAACUUUGAACUGACAUUAAAACACACCAACACGUAUUAGCGUUAGAAACGUCCCCUUUGUGUCGGCUCUUCUGUUUCCUCAGUCUGAUCCGGGCUUCUCUCGGUAAUCUACUCAGUCCGGCAGAGCUGAGGCUUCGGCCUGCUACCAACUUACUUACUGACCCCAGACGUGUUGUCAAUCUGUUCUCCCUCUGCCCCCCCCCCCCCGUCACAGGGAUUACCACAGAGCCCCCCACUAUCGCGGCUGACACCCUACUGUCGCUUCAGUUGCCGGACUGAUGUGUUCCUGUCAGUUCCGGCGACAUCAGCUAAAUCUUAAAGCCUCCCACGAUAACCCGAGAAAAGAGGAGUGAUUCCCUGAACGUUUCUGCCUCUCUUGCGAUGCGACCUCUCUUCUGUUUUGUUUUGACCUGUUGAGCAUGUCGAAACCAGUAGCUUAAAAAUACAACAGUAACCCUAUUUCUAUUUUUUUGGUCAAUUGAAGAAAAGAAAACAAAUCUCUUACGCGUGGUCACUUUUUCACAAAAAAUUGCCAAGUUCCUUUUUUUUAUCCUCUUUAGGAGCCAGACAGAAGUAACCCAACAAACAGAAGGUGACCCCGUGAGGGAAAUCGGGUAACACUUUGGAUUACAGCCUGCAAAUUUCAAGAUAAUUAUCUAAUAAAUACAUCAAUAAAACACUUACUGUGCUGGGAUUGAACCAUAAGUGAAGGGGGAUGAUGACAAUAAGUAAUAUCAACAACAUGGGGUUGUUGAUAUUAUAAUGACAUUAAUCAUUAUAGUUGAAUAAAUAACUUUGGCAAUAAUAAUGUCAAAGGAUUGAAAAUAUGAGUUGAAGUUUACGUUCUAUACAUUAAUACAUUACUCCCAGUAUUCUCCCCUUGCACAUACCAGUAGAUAACAAGCGUUUUAUUGGUACUUUAAAUGGACAAACAACUCCUAGUGUGAUUUGCGGGCUAUAGAAUAAAGUGUAUAGUGAAUAACGUACACAAAAACAUUACCACUACAGUUUUGUUAAAUCUGUGUUGCCUCGGAGGUUUGCGUCUUAAUUGUUGUAAAUUUUGUACAGUUUGAAACCGUGUUGAUCGUCUUGUUUCAUGAGCGCUAUUUAUUAUUGCCAUGUGUCUUUGAAAAAGAUGUAAAAGAGAGCACUGAAAUUAUUCAUUUAUGCCUUCCGUGUUAUGGUAUGAACCGUGUACAGUCAAAUCUAUAUGAGGAAAAUAAAGGUGAAU